GGUAUCAUCGUAUUUGCCUCUGUGAAACUGCCACUUCGAUUUAAUUAUAUAAUUAACAAUCGGUUUUGCUAGAUACUCUUUUAUAUAUAUAUCUAUAUAAACACCUGAAUACAUCAAAGUGUAUAUUCAUAGCUGUUGCUCAAGAAGACUAAGAAACAGCGUUUAAUUAGAACUACUUGUAGAGUUGUAAUACAACUCUUUCCAGAGAGUCUUUAUAGCCAUACAGCCCAUCACGUCAUCAUGUUCAAUAUAUUGACAACAAUAUAGGAUAAGCUAAUCGAUUGGUGUUAGCCUCGGAAUAUUCGGUCAAGUUAUUUUUGUUUAUGAACGACGGGAUUCCUACAUCAACAGUGAUGAAGUUGGUAGCCAUGCAGUUUAGAGAGGAAAUACCAGUCCACGUAGUGCUACUAACCACAUAACGUCAGUAUAUACGGGACACUCCAGAAUACAUUAAGGGAGAUUUAUUGGCUGAUCUGUCUUCAGGACAUGUGAAAAAUUUCGUGAUUUCCGAAGAGGAGAAAGCAACAGAAUCUACAAAAAAAAAAAAAAGCCUGCACCUGGUCGUCACACUUCGAAUUUACUUUCAUUUUCACUUUAAGCUAUCCACAACAAUCUAUCACGCUUUCCUUUUUUCUGACAGUACACUUUUCUAAUACAAACACGCGUUCAAUAUAUACACAUUACAUUCAAGUAUAUUUAUUUAUGCGAGGAAAUUUUUGUGUAUUUAUAUAUAUAUUACCAAAAGAAAUCUUCUCCAACUAAAGAAAAUAAUAUAUUACACGCGCACACUCAUACAAACACUUACAAACGUUCUUACUAACCACUACUCUUAUUCAUUAUCAUUCAUUGAACUUAGGAGACAAGGAAAUUUCUUCAAUCGCCGAAUCGUUGUCACCAAUCAUAUAAAAGGGAAAAACAAUGUCGAUCAAGUGGCUGUCAUGAAUCCAGGAAGUCUACCUCUUCUUCUGUCCACUGUCCAGCAGCCCAUUUUCAGUAAAUUUCCUAAUACCAACACUUCGUCACUUGCUACAGAGAAAGUAAACAACAGUUAAUGGUGGCCAUGUAUCUAUUACGCCGUAUCCUACAUAUGGACAAUUACAAGUCAAGACAGGGAGCUGAAACCGAGUGUAGUAAGCUAACACUCCGGUUUGGCAAGAAGGGCCGAGGUCGUAACUGCUUCAAUAUGCCCUGCGGAAUUGCUGUAACAAAAUCUGGAGACAUCGUUGUGGCUGACUCUGAAAACCACAGGGUACAAAUAUUUACAAGUGAAGGGAUCCUAAAAAUAAAAUUUGGAAGCAAAGGAAUAAGACCUGAUCAGAUUAACUACCCAAUGUGUUUGGCAAUGACAAAUGAAGAAAACAUUGCUGUAACAGACAGUGUGAAUGCUUGCAUCAAAAUUUUUACUCAAGAGGGCAACUUAGUCCAAGUAUGUGGUAGCAGCAAGUUCUUUGAGUUCCCAUAUGGUCUUGCUAUCAGUCCUGAUGGAGACUUUGUUGUCACAGACAUCUGCAAACAUUGUGUUACUGUGAUGACCAAAAAUGGUGAUUUCAGUCACAGUUUUGGCUCUUAUGGAGACAGUGCACGCGAUUUUGACCAUCCUUAUUUUGUUACCGUCAACAAGCAAAAACAGAUCUUGGUGAGUGACUCGGGAAAUAGUUGUAUAAAAUUAUUCCGAUUUGAUGGUCAUCUCCUUAGAAGUUUCACUUUACAAGACUUUCAUUUGUCAGUUGAAUGCUAUGCAAACCUACAGGGAAUGUGUUCAGACGCCGAUGGCAACACAUUAGUUAUCUGUAACAGUACAAUCUAUAUCUUGGCCAAGAAUGGACGCUUAUGGGAAGUAAUUACACCAAAGGAUGGUCUGACUACACCAAAAUGUGUGAGUUAUUGUAAUAAUGGUUUUCUUGCAGUCACUCAAUCUGGUUAUAAUGAAAUCCAUGAAGUUUGCCUUUUCGAUUACAACAAAGAUGAUUACAAAUCUUUAAACACACUGCUGUAUUAUGCUAUCGAUAUUUGAACAUAACAUUACACAUUGACAAUAAUUUUAACAUGCUUCUUCUUCUUCUUCUUCUUCUUCUUCUUCU